CCUGUACGUGCAGACACGUGAAGUAGACUUUGCAACAAUCGUGAGGUGAAUUGGAUAGCGAUGGCUGGUCAGAAUUCAGCUGCUUUUUCUUCGCUCACCGGCGCUCUCGAUCUCAAGUCUGCCGGCGUCUUCUUGCUGAUUUUCCUGGUGGUCUUGUGGUUGUUCCGAGGCCGACAGAAGAACCUUCCGCCGGGGCCGUGGCGAUGGCCCCUGCUGGGGAACCUUCCCGCGAUGGUCCGGUCCAAGAAGCAUGCCCACGAAGUGGUAGCGGAGUGGAGCCGGCAGUACGGCGGUGUCAUGUCGGUCGGGACGUUUCUCGGUAGGUCUCCUGUCGUUGUCAUCAGCGAAAUCGAUGCAGCCAAGGAGGUAUUUCUGAAACCAGGGGUUCGACUCAUGGACAGAUCAACUUUGCCACUGGCAAAAUACAUCGCACCUCUUGAAGGAAGUUUGAUGUGGGCCAAAGGCGAGACCGCCAGGGCACAAAGGAAGUUCGGCCUCGGCGCCUUUCGAAAAUUCGGAGUCGGCAAGAAGAGCCUGGAGCACAAGAUCAACGAGGAGGCUCGAUACCUGGUGGAGGGAAUCGAAAAUGAAAAGAAUCGAUCGUUCGAUCCCAACCUUAACAUCCACAAAGCAGUGUCGAACAUCAUCUGCACCGUCUGCUUUGGGUACCGUUUCGAUUACGACGACCCGAAAUUCAAAAAGUUGCUGCGCAGUGUGCAGGUGACAUUCGCAAGUACGGGCGUCGAUGCGCUGGCAAAUAUAUUCCCGGUGCUCAUUCAAACUCCUCUCUACUCCAAAAUGCAGGCAGGUCGGCGCUUUAUACAAGACCACAUCAACGAAGUUAUUCAGGAACACCAGGAGUCUUAUGAUCCUAACGAUUUCCGGGACAUCAUCGAUAUGUACAUCGGAGAGAUCAAGGAGCGAGAGCGGAGCGGUGCCUCAGAGGGUACGGGUGACAGCGAAGCUUUCGCCCAUCAUCACAUCUGGCGCUUCGUCUUUGACAUGUUCGGCGCGGGGACGGACACAGCAUCGCACACGAUCCUGUGGCUGAUUUCCUGCUUACUGAACUACCCCGAAAUACAAGAAAAGAUGCAGAGAGAGAUCAGUGAGGUGGUUGGAGGUGACCGGCAACCAUCUUGUGAGGACCGUCCCAGCAUGCCCUACACCAACGCGGUCCUGAACGAGAUACAGCGCUGGCGACCGGUUGCGCCCUUCACUCUACCCUACGAGACGACUCAAGAAAUACAGCUGAAAGGCUACACCAUCCCAAAAGGAAGAACGGUGAUUAUUCAUCUGUGGGCAAUGAUGAACGACCCCAGGGUUUGGGAUUGUCCGGAGGAGUUCAACCCUGACCGCUUUCUGAGCGAAGACGGCACGAAACUCAUCCAACACGAAAGGUUCAAUCCCUUCUCAGUCGGUCGACGGAGCUGUCUGGGCGAGGGGCUGGCCAGGAUGGAGCUGUUCCUGUUCGUCACCAACCUGUUCCAGAGGUUCACUUUCAAGCUGCCGUUGGGGGCGCCCAAACCUUCCAUGAGGGGUGUCCCCAGCUUCCUUUACUCACCAGAUCGGUUCGAAGUGUGCGCGGUUAAACGCUAGCAGCCUCGACUCCAUGGGCGCAUGCGCGUUCCUUGCAGUAACUAAGAUCGCGCAAGGCAUGAUGGGAAACAACAUGGCACAGCAAGAUCGUACCCAUGGGGAACGAGGUUGAAACGCUAGAUACUAAAAAUUGGAUACUGGGCAUAGAUUGAAUUGUAAUGUUCGACUUCACAGAGUUAAAUUUGGUAUUUAGGGUUUUUUGCUGGAGCCUGGUCCCAAUAACUUGCCAUUCUGCAUUGCACCUAUCGCACAGAUUGAGUCACUUGCCUGUGAUCUGGGCAGUGUUAUCGUAUAGGAUUACUUCACAGUUGCGUAAAGCAGAGGCAGACUUUCAGUGGAAUGUUUUUGCACUUUUCUCUGACCAGCUUUCUAAAGCUUUCCCUUGUCAUUACAAGACCUGAGACCUGGCAGCGAAGUCGGGACGCCAGACGGAAGUAGGGACCGUCUGCCACAUAGGAAAGCGCACAUGUAAACAAAGCGUGACGUCAUUAGGUCUCAGGCAGAAGCCAACACAUUUUUUCACAAGGAUUGGUUAUAAUACAAACGAGUGGGUUGUACACAUUAUUGUUGAUAAGGGUAAAGAUUUAUUUGCGAAAAGUUUUAGUAGGUUUAGUUUUUAUAGCCAGAAUAUAAUUUUACAGUUCGCUUUUAAAAUUGACUGAGAUGUUUUAUUUAACUUAUAAGUUAUAGCUAUUGAGUGCAAACUCACGUAUUUGGUGAAGUAGGUAGGCUUAUAAGCUUUGAGCUUUUUAAAUGCUGAGCAUUACAUUAUUUUAUCAAGUCUUAAAUUGUUUGCUUUUACGGUUUUCUUAAAUUCUGCAUUUGGGGAGUAUGUUUUAGCUGCAGAAGCUAAACAUCGGAAUUAGAGUAAAAACGCGACGGUGUUUGUUCUUGUAACUGCGUAAUUUGGUUAAUAUACGAAUACAUUGAGCAAACUUAUUUACUUGAAGUUACAUUGCAUGCAUUUAAGAAGUGACAAUUAUUGUAGGUCAUUUAGUAAAAUGAUUCAAAAUUUGUGAUCUUCAAUAAUUUUAAACGACGAACUUUGGAACUUGACGCAACUGGUAUUGACGAAACAAUUGAGGGCGCUGUAUCAAUAUGGCGCCA